GUGGUCUCUAACGGUGUAUUCUCUGCAGGAGCUGAGGGGGAACAUCAGAGUCCACUGUAGAGUGCGUCCCAUAAUGCCUUUUGACCACGGCCUUGGAUCCCCACCAGCCGCUGGAUCAACCCUUGAUGAAGUGGUACAGGCCGUGGAUGAUGAUUCCGUCCUCGUCAACUGUGCCAAGCCUGGAAGCCAAAUCCUGACCAAGAUGUUUGAGUUCGAAAGGGUUCACGGGCCUGGCGACUCCCAGGAAGCCGUGUUUGAGGAAGUGAGACCACUGCUCACCUCACUGCUGGAUGGGUACAAUGUGUGCAUCAUGGCGUAUGGCCAAACAGGCGGUGGAAAGACGCACACUAUGAUUGGCUCUCACCAUGACAACCACUCCAGUUCCGCCGCCAGAGACCAGAAUGGAAUAAUCCCCAAGGCUGCCUCUGAGCUCUUCAGGCUGAUCUCGGAGCGUCCAGUGGGCAGUCACACAGUGGAGGUGUCAGUGCUGGAGGUCUACAACAAUGAGGUGCUGGACCUGCUGGCCAAAGAUGAGGAGGGCGUUGCCACGGGCGUCAAGCGGGAUGUUAUCACCACGGCAACCGGCACCAGUGAGGUGCCCUGCCUCGCCCAUGAGCCAGUGUGUAGUGGUGUGGAGGUUAUGGGGUUGCUGGGUGGUGUGUUGAGGCUGAGAGCUCAGAGUCCCACUCUGGUCCACAGAGACUCGUCACGCUCCCAUCUCAUCGUCACGCUUACCGUCACGUCACGCAGUGCCAACGCGCUCGCCCUGGCGCGUCGUAUGCAGAGCAGUCGUCAGGAGCCCCCCCGCACCCUCCAGCGAGAGUUCUGGAGCCCCCGCUGUGCCCGCCGGGCCACCGCACCCCCCCGUGGACGCCCCGCCCCCGCCCCCCCCACCCCAGAGGACGGCCCCUCCAGCCCCGCCUCCUCCCCUGUCUCCUCCCCUUUCUCCUCCCCCUCCCCCUCCCCCCGCCCCAGCAUCUCCCAGGAGCCAAUCAGGACCCGGCUGCAGCUGGUGGACCUGGCGGGCAGUGAGUGCCAUUCUUGUUGUAGGCAUUUGUGGUGUGUUUGGUGCCGUUGUCAUGGUGAUUAUUGUGUUGUUGCAGGCGUGUCUGGUGUGAGUGGCGCCGCCCUAUGGGAGAGCUCGUGUAUAAACCGCAGCCUCUCGGCUCUCUCUGAUGUCCUGGGAGCUCUGGCAGAGCAGAGGCCUCACGUGCCCUACCGCAACAGCAAGCUCACACACCUGCUGCAAGACUCUAUAGGCGGCGAUGCGAAGCUGCUGGUGAUGCUGUGUGUGUCCCCCACUCAGCACUUCCUGACGGAGUCACUGCAGUCGCUGGGCUUCGGGGCCCGCGCUCGACAGGUCCAGAGAGGCCCGCCCCGCCGCAAGAACACAGGCCUCAAGAUCAAAUAGACAGAGAGAGAGAGAGAGAGAGAGGGAGAGGG